CCAGGAAGUUUUUAUUGACAUGUGGACACGAGUGUGUGUUUAACACACAUUCACUAUCAGAAUCAUCAGCAUGUCAUCAAAGAAAGGCAAAGGGAAAUCUAAGAGACUGAGUGAAGGAGACGCGGACAGAUCCGCGGGAAUCUCAGAUGACGCGGAUUCAUGUGGCGCGAGCGACAGACUGACGGUCACUGACUUCAUAGAGAGAGCUGAAGAUAAGGCCCCACACAGGUGGCGUUCCUAUCUGGCUCAGAUGAGUGUGAACACCAUGAAAAUGCUGAACAUCUGCAUCGGACGGCCAGUUCUGAUCACCAGUACCACAGGACAACAGGAGGUGUGUGUGGCAUGGCCGGCGUGCCAGUUUCCGGGCCGGCGUGUGGGUCUGCAGUCCAGUGUUCAGUUGAGACUGAGAGUGAAGGCUGGCGCUCAUGUUACACUGGAGUCCAUCACUGGAGCUGUUCUACAGGCUCAACACAUACACCUGUCACUCCGACCAGAAGACCGAGUGCUGAAUACAGAAGAAUUCCGGAAUUAUCUUCUUCGGAUGCUGGAAACUUCGAGUUCUGCUUCGGGCAGCAGUUUCUCAGUAUCGUAUUUUGAGCGUAGUUGCGAUCGGGUGAAUUCGAUUGAGGGUGUCGAUGGUGUGACUCUUUCUCCGAUAGCAUCUGUCUGCGGUCGGACGCCCGUGUCAGACAGAAGCGCUCUGGAUCUCUCCGUGCAGCUAGAACAGCUCUCCAUCCAUCAGAACCAGUCGGAACCUGUGGCCAGUACGCCUGACAGAUCACAUGACCCCUCACCUUUGACCCCCAAACUCCCUGCCACGCCCUGUAAACUCACGGAUGCCGUGUUCAGCCCUUCUGAGCCCUCGUUCACAGACAGUCCUCUGCCAGCGAUGCCCAUCACACCCGAUCAGUCUGCAGUGUUGAGUGUGUCUCCCUCUGCUGGUCGUUCAGGGAGCGACACGUUCUACAGCGUCUGCAGUGCCACUAAACUGAGCAUCGAUGACUCCUGCGAACAGGACAAGGGGUCUGGGGAGGAGGAGAGGCCAAAGAUCACACUUGGUAUGAUUGGCGGUCUGAGCGGUCAGCUUCAGGUCAUCAGAGAGACCAUUGAACUUCCACUCAAACACCCUGAACUCUUCAAAAACUAUGGAAUCCCGCCCCCUAGAGGCGUGUUGCUGUACGGUCCACCUGGCACAGGGAAGACGAUGAUUGGACGAGCACUAGCCAAUGAAGUUGGAGCACACUUUACCGUAAUCAACGGCCCGGAGAUCAUGAGCAAGUUUUAUGGAGAAACCGAAGCCAGACUGAGACAGAUAUUCACAGAUGCUUCUCAGAGGCAGCCUGCGAUCAUCUUCAUUGAUGAGUUAGACGCUCUGUGUCCAAAGAGAGAAGGAGCUCAGAAUGAGGUGGAGAAACGGGUCGUGGCUACACUGCUCACACUCAUGGAUGGCAUCGGAUCUGAGGGUCACAGUGGUCAGUUGUUGGUUUUGGGGGCGACCAAUCGCCCUCAUGCGUUGGAUCCAGCGCUGCGGCGCCCGGACGCCGACAAGGAGCUGGAGAUCGGCGUUCCUUCGGCGGUCGGACGGAUGGAGAUCUUGCAGAAGCAGCUGCUUCCCACGCCCUGUGACGUCACCACCGAAGAGCUGCAGGAACUAGCGGACGCGGCGCAUGGAUACGUGGGCGCUGACCUCGCCGCAGUCUGCAAGGAAGCUGGUCUUCACGCACUGAGGAGGGUUUUAGCGUCCACACCUGCUCUCUCUGAUGCCCAGGUGAUGAACAGGGUGAAGGUCAUGACCUCUGACCUCAGACUGGCCAUGACAGAGGUCAAACCAAGUGCAAUGAGAGAGGUCGCCAUCGACAUACCAAAGGUGCGCUGGAGUGAUAUUGGUGGAAUGGAGGAAGUGAAACUGAAACUGAAACAGGCGGUCGAGUGGCCUUUGAAGCACCCUGAGGCGUUCUCCAGGUUGGGUAUAGCGCCACCUAAAGGCGUUCUGCUGUACGGACCACCAGGCUGCUCCAAAACCAUGAUCGCUAAAGCACUAGCCAAUGAGAGCCAGCUCAACUUCCUGUCAAUCAAGGGGCCAGAGUUACUGAGUAAAUAUGUGGGCGAAUCAGAGCGAGCCGUCAGAGAGGUGAGACACGCCAGCGAGAGCCGUUGCCCGUCUAUCGUGUUUUUUGAUGAGAUCGGCGCAUUAGCGGUUGCAAGAGGAAGUUCUUCUCAUGCGGGUGGAGUUGGUGAUCGUGUGUUGGCUCAAUUACUGACCGAGAUGGACGGAAUCGAACAGUUAAAAGACGUCACGGUUCUCGCCGCCACCAACAGACCUGAUAUGAUUGACAAGGCUCUGAUGCGUCCAGGUCGUCUGGAUCGCAUUAUAUUCGUCCCGCUGCCUGACGCAGACACUCGCAGGGAAAUAUUCUCACUGCAGUUUGUGAACAUGCCCGUACAUCACAGCGUGCACCUGGAUGAGCUGGUGACCCGAACGGAGCGCUACUCUGGGGCAGAGAUAACAGCGGUGUGCAGAGAAGCCGCUCUACUGGCGUUACAGGAAAACAUCGCAGCGGAACAUGUGACCGGCAGACACUUCCACGCCGCUCUGGACGCAGUCAAACCCCGAAUCCCAGAGACGCUCAUACAGUCGUACAUCAACUAUCAACGGGAACACGGCGGUGUCCGUGUCUGAAAAUAAACGACAAUUGCACAACACUCGAUGAAGAACAAACAACACAUUAGAAAUGAACUGACUGUAUUCACGCAAGUGUGCCAAUAUACA